UAACACUGCACCUUUCCUUAAUAAGGAGUGGCAUGUAUUUUUAAAGAGGAAGGGGGAGGUGUCGUUCAUAUAAAUACUACUUUUUAAACUUUUGAGGGAAAAAAACUUAAAUCAGUUUUCAUUUGGAUAUUUGUGCAGUAGCCAAGUUCGGAUAACCUUUACAAAGAAAAAAUGAACUCCAGAACUUUAUUCGCUUUGUUAGUAGCUUGCUGCGUUCUCUCUGGAGAUUUCAUCACUCAGGUUAUGGCCGGACGACACCAUCACAACAAUCAAGGUAUUGAACUUUUGUUAGCUGCUGGUAUCCUAGCAAAAUUGUUACGUAAAAAGCAGCAUCACCAUCACCAUGGACAUCAUCAUCAUGGGCACCAUCACCACUCUGGAUCAGGAAUUGUUGAAAUGCAAGUACCCGCUCCUAUGGCUGGAUACACCGCCCAGACAGCUGGAGCCGCAACAACCUAUUCCUCUUCUGUGGAAUAUCCUCAAAUGUACCCUGCUUCCUCUCAGUCCAUCCCUGUACCCCCAAUGCCUUACGGAGCAGCUUCAGCAGCUGGUUAUAUUGGAUUCGAACCUCAACCCAUGGCUUUUGUACCACCCAUGAUGGGCCCUUGAGCACUUAUUUGAGCUGAAUUCAAAUACAUAGAUAUAUAUUUUUCAUCCUAGCAUAGGUUUUUACGAAUUGAGUCAUUACGCUUGGCUCUCAUUGCUUCUUAAAAGCUAUAAACUGAAUUAAAAGAUAUAAUAUUAGAGCAAUAAGGUUUAAACAUUAAGCUAGUUUGGAGUAAAUCGGCUCAUCCUUGCUCUUUAAUCUCAGUUUUAAUAAUUUAGUAAAUCUUUUAAUUGGGAUAUAUUAAGGUGAAGCGCUAAUUAGUAUACAUAUUAUUCCUUUUAGAGAGAAUUAAAAAAUUGGUAAUUAAUGCUUAAAUUAUUUUUUUUUUAUUAAUAAUCGUUUUUUUUUUUUGACAGAAAAAAAUAUCUUUUUCACUUCUUACAAAAGUUGUAUGUUCUAACACAUAUUCUCAAUUUUUAUGUUUAUUUAUAUAUAUGAAUAGAAAUAUCUAUUUUUAACAUUGCUCUCUAUUGAAAUUUAUGUUUUCAUAUCUAUUUGUGACAGAAAAAAAACAGGUCUCCCGCUUUACUCGAAAGGUCAAUGCAUAUUCUAACUUUUUAUAUCCUUUUUGUAUAAUUUCUUUUUUUCUUUUUCUUUUUUUUUUUUUUGCAUUUUU